AUGCUGGUUGGUUCCGCGGGGACGGGCAAGACCUCCCUGGUGCAAGGGUUCCUCAGCGAAAAAGCUAGCGACACUCUUCUCUCGUGCACGAUCAAUACAAGCUACUAUACCGACGCUGCCGCCUUGCAACGUCAGCUGGAGCAGCCCUUAGACAAGAGAAGCGGCAAGACCUACGGGCCUCCCAGCUCAAAGAGGCUGAUCUACUUCGUUGACGACCUGAACAUGCCCUUCAUUGAGGAGUACGGCACGCAGACACCGAUCGCGCUCCUGAGACAGUUCAUGGACUACCGAGGGUGGUACGACCGCGCGGACUUGGGUCUAAGGAAGAACAUAGUGGACGUUCAAUUCCUGGGCGCGAUGAACCACAAAAGCGGCUCCUUCUCCUUAAACCCUCGCCUGCAGAGGCACUUCGUUACGUUCGCCUGCCAGACUCCGGCCGACGACGACCUUAUCACGAUUUAUGGCGCAGUGGUCGGGGGACACCUCAACUCCUUCCCCUCAGACAUUCGGCGCUUCGGAGGGCCGGUUCUCGACGCGACGAUAUCUCUGUAUCGCUCGGUUUGCGCAAAGUUUCUUCCGACAGCUGUCAAGUUCUACUACGGCUUCAACCUUCGCGACCUCUCCUGCCUCGUACAAGGGCUGUGCAUGGCGAGACCUGAGAACUGCACGUCAAAGAGCUGGUUUGCCCGGUUAUGGCGCCACGAAUGCGAAAGAGUCUACUCUGACAGGCUCAUGUCCGACAGCGAGGUGAAGGCGUUCGAAGACAUGAUGCAAGAAGCGGCCAAGAAGCACCUAGGCCUUGAUCACGCCCAAAAUGAGGUGUUCCAGGAAACUAAUGUCUUCACGUCCUUCGCGGUCCAACCAGAGGACCUCGACCUCGACUCAGCCUCGUAUGUCCCGGUGCCGUCCAUGGAUUAUCUCAAGCAAGACCUGCAGGACAGAAUUAAGUUACACAGUGCUUACAACUGUCUGAGGAAGUGGAAGCACCAGAAAAUAAACUUAGUCAUACCCAGCNUCGCCCCUUACCUCCAGGAGUACAACGAGACUCACGCCAUGAUGAACCUAGUUCUGUUCGACCAGGCCAUGCACCACGUCACGAGGAUCAGCCGAAUCUUGCAAUUCCCGCGAGGAAAUGCGCUGCUGCUAGGGGUGGGUGGGUCUGGAAAGCAGACCCUCUGCAAGCUGGCUGCGUUCAUCGCCGGUUGUGAGGUGUCUGAGAUAGCCGUGACGAGCAACUACGGGGUGGCUGACCUUCGAGCGGAGCUUAAGGACCUGUACCGAAAAGCUGGGGUCAAACCCGCCCUACCGCUUGUUUUCAUGCUCACGGACUCGCAGGCGAGGGCCGGGUUCGGCAUCCGGCGUUGGCAGAAGAGGAUGUUACAAUACAAUCCGAUGCGCGAUGUCAUGAUUCCCGCGCUCGACCAGAUCGUGGACGAACAUUUCUUGGUGUACGUGAACGACAUUCUCACUUCUGGAGUGAUGCCCGACCUGUUCACCAAGGAAGAGUAUGACGCGAUAUUUACCGCCAUACGAAUCGCCGCCAAGUCGGCAGGAGUUCCCGACGUUCGGGACAGCCUCAUGCAGUUCUUCGUCGAACGGGUAAGGGCGAACUUGCACGUUGUCCUGUGCUUCUCCCCCGUGGGAGAUGCAUUCCGGUCACGGUGUAGAAGAUUUCCGGGACUAAUCAACUGCACGCAGAUCGAUCUCUUCCGUCCGUGGCCCAGGGAUGCGCUGGUGAAGGUGUCCCUCUGGUUCCUGGAGGACAUGGCCCUUGGAGACAACGAGGUCUCGCAACGAUUUCUUCAAGAGGAGGGACGGCAUAACUACACCACACCCAAGAGCUUCCUCGAGCUCAUUGGCUUCUACAAAGAACUGCUGAGGAAGAAGAAAGGGGAGCUGGACGGUAACAUCAACCGCCUCGCCAAUGGCCUUCAAACCCUGAGAAAAACGAAUGACGAUGUGCAGACCUUGCGGGAUGAUCUGAAGCUGAAGAUGAAGGAGGUAGAUGCGAAGAAGCGCGGGACGGAUGUUCUCUUGGAAGAAAUGGGCACGCAGCGCUCCGAGGCCGAAGCCCAGCAGAUGACCAAGGUUAAGAUGAUGAUCAGCAAUCCCCGCUAUCACUUCUACUGCAACAUUUUUCAGUCCAUCGCGGAUGUGGAGAAGUCCAAAGCCGAUCUUGCUGCAAGCAACGCAAGAACAAUUGAGCUGGAGGCCGAGAUGGAGCUGGCGGUGGCAAAGCCGGCCCUGAUGGCUGCCCACGAGGCGGUGAACUGUUUGGACAAGGCUAGCUUGACAGAGCUCAAGAGCUUCAGCAAGGAGGUCGUGAAGCGAGUGCAGCCCCUUCUCUUGGAGCCGGACUUUACGUACGCGGUCAUGAAGACAAAGUCUGCGGCGGCAGCAAAUCUCUGCAACUGGGUCAUCAACAUCAUCAACUUCAACCAGAUCUACAAGAAGGUCAAGCCUCUCAUGGACGCUUUGGAAGCGGCCCAGAAGGCCAAAGCCGCCGCGAUUGCUGACCUAGCUAAGGUGGAAGACGCCUUGGCUGUUAUCAACGCGCACUUGGGAAAGCUGGAGAAGUCUUUCGUGGAGGCUACCGAGGAAAAGUCGAGAGUAGAGGGACAAGCUAGAGCCUGCCAGGAGCGGCUGGGCCUGGCUGAGAGGCUAACAAAGGGGCUGGCCAGUGAGAACAAACGCUGGGGAGAAGAGGUCGAGCGACUGCGAACGAGGUGGCUCCCCGACCUGACAGCAAAGAUGGUACCACUUCGCGAGGGGUUAGAACCCCUGCAGAUGCUGACGAAUGACAGCCAGGUGGCGGAAUGGCAGAACGAGCGACUGCCGUCGGACCAAAUCAGCGUGGAGAACGGAGGAAUUUUGACUCAGUGCCAGCGAUGGCCGCUCAUGAUCGACCCGCAGCUUCAGGGCAUCCGGUGGCUGCGUCGUCACGAGGAAGUCGCCACAGAGGCGAGCGGCCGAUCACUUCUUGUCCUCCAGAUGGGCGAGGCGAAUUGGAUGAAGAAAAUUGUGGCGGCUAUCCAGGAGGGCGACACAGUCAUCGUUGAGAAUUGCCUUCAAGACAUCGACGCGGCGCUCAACCCGGUGCUGCAGAGAGCGGUGAUUCGGAAGGGGAGCAACCUGUUCCUGCGCAUGGGCGGGGAGGAUUGCGAGUACAACCCGGCAUUCAGGCUUUAUCUACAGAGUCGACUUUCGAACCCUCACUACCGCCCUGAGGUGUUCGCAACCUGCACGCUCAUCAACUUCAUCGUGACCGAAAGGGGACUGGAGGAUCAGCUUUUGGCGUCGGUCGUUGGAGCAGAGCAACCGGAACUUGAAAAGACCAAGAACGACCUCGUGCAGGCGUCCAACAGCUACAAAAUGCAGCUGCAAGGCCUUGAAGACCAACUGCUUCAGCGACUAGCGGAUGCUCCUGCUGAUAUUCUCGCCGACGUCGCUCUCAUCGAGGGACUGGAGGAGAUGAAGGAGACCGCUCGAGAGAUCAAUGAGGCGGUUGUGCUAGGAAAGGAGACCGAGGCUGGGAUUAACGAGGCUCGAGAGGUGUACCGACCGGUGGCCGCGGAGGCUUCCCUGAUGUACUUCAUGCUCCUCAAACUCAGCACCGUCGACUCCAUGUACCAGUACAGCCUUGACUCGCUAACACGGUUUUUCUUCAAGUCCAUCAGUUCGAGCAAGCUGGCGGUUGACGACCAACCCCAACGCGUGGAAAACCUGAGGAGAAGCCUCCGAUUCACGGUGUACACGUGGGUAACGAGGGGCCUGUUCGAGAAGCAUCGGCUAAUCUUCUUGACACAACUCACCUUCGGGCUGUUGAAGUUUGGAGCAUUCGGGGGAGACACCGGGUAUUCCGCGGACGCCCUGAAUUUCCUGCUCAAGGGAGGACGUUCCGCCGCUGCCGGUGGGGGGGCGGAUGAUCCAUCCCCGGCCGACUGGCUCUCCGAAACAGCGUGGAGGAUGGUGCUGGAGCUGAGCUCGCUCGAUGGGUUUGCUAAGCUCGCCAAUGACGUGGCUGAAUCGGCGCCGCGGUUUCGCGAGUGGUUUGAUGCUGCUGCCCCCGAGCUGGAAAAGCUUCCUCUGGAUUGGCGAGAGCUCGACAAGCGACCAUUCCUCAAGUUACUGGUUGUCAAGUGUCUGCGACCAGACCGGAUGACUCAGGCUAUUGCAAACUUUGUGCGAACUAACUUGCCCGACGGCCCGGCAUUCGCCGACAUCGAUGCCAAGCUGAACAGCUUCCAGGUGCUGUCGGAGGCCUUCAAGGACUCUGAUCCAGCCACCCCAGUAUACUUCAUCUUGUCAGCCGGAGCAAACGUCACAGCCGACGUGGACAAGCUUGCAGACGUGUACGGCAUGGAACGGGGAACAAACUACCACGACAUUUCGCUGGGCCAGGGACAUUGGGUAGUGCUAAACAACGUCCAUUUGAUGCCGAAGUGGCUACCGGCGCUGAGCAAGCGAAUGGACUACUUCAAGGACAUCGGAUCAAACCCCAAGUUCCGCAUGAUGCUUUCCUCGGACCCGUCGGGAACAAUCCCUGUCGGCAUUCUCGAAAGGUGCAUCAAGCUGACAAAUGAUCCGCCUUCGGGUCUGAGAGCAAACCUCAAGCAGGCUUUCGCAUCUAUCUCCAGGGAGGACUACAGCGACCUAGAACCAAGGUAA